AAUCACCAGCCCAUGACUGGGCAUCAAUUGUGCAGCCCGCCAGACUUGGGGAUCCCUGCCUGCCUCGGUUGGGAGCGACUGGCCCCAUGAAUGACGACCGCAUGAGUACUUCAGGUACCUCAGCACGUGACGGCGCGCGUCCCUCGCCCGGAAUGCAUGUGCACUAAUAACGAAGGAACUCAACCCCUGACCUCCUGCACCAAACAUUUCGGAAUGCCGCCGCCUUGACGACGACACGCAACUCCUGCAGCAGCCGGCAACAGCUGCACGCCGCCCCCCGUCUCCCUUCUCCAGCGCCUCCUCGACCUGCAUCACGCGCGCAUGCGGCCGGCCACAUGUUGGUCGCGGCUUUCCUCCGCAAUGGCCUUGGCCUAAUGCUGCCCGUGGCGCUGGCAUGCACCGUCUACCUCUACCUCUACCCCGUCUUCAGCCGCUGCGCGUUCCCCGUGCCGUCGCGGGAUCCGGCUGAAGCCUUCAACGAGACAAAGAAGCUGCACUGGCCGUACGAGGGAGUCGACGACGACGCGGACGGGCAGCCUCGUGAGGGAUCGCUGCCGACGCGGCUCGCGCCGUUUCGCCUGCUCGCGCUCGGCGACCCGCAGCUCGAGGGCGACACGUCCAUCCCCAUCGCGUAUCUGGGCGUGCUGCCGCACCUGCGCAGCAUGGCGGAGCGCAUCACCUUUCAGACGGAGCAAGAGUCGCUGCGCGAUCGCAUCCGCAUGAUCCUGCACGACGUGGUCGACCUGUAUUUUGAGGACAUUCCCAACAUCUUUGAGUCGAUGCGCAAGCGCUUCGACCUGUUCGGCAACGACUUCUACCUCGCCCACAUAUAUCGCACCCUCCACUGGUGGACGCGUCCGACGCACGUGUCGGUGCUGGGCGACCUGCUGGGCAGCCAGUGGAUCGAGGACGACGAGUUCGACAAGCGCGGCCGGCGCUUCUGGAACCGCACCUUUAGGGGCGGCGAGCGCGUGCCCGACGACGUGGCUGCGUUCCCCGACAAGGAGUACAACGUCACGGGCCUGCUCGACGGCUCUCCCGCAGAGCAAGUAUGGACGCGGAGAAUCAUGAACGUGGCGGGCAACCACGACAUUGGCUACGCGGGCGACUUGACCCCCGAGCGCAUGGCACGUUUCGAGCGCGUCUUUGGCAAGGCCAACUACGAACUCCGCUUCGAGAUGCCCAUCGAGGACCCGGCCGUGAACGCGACCAUCGUGGACGAUGCGACCAAUCCGCAGUCGACGCGGCUGCACCCCGAGAUCCGCAUCAUCGUCCUCAACGACAUGAACCUCGACACACCGGCCAAGGACGCCGGCUUGCAGGACGCGACGUAUCAGUUUAUCAACGCCGUCAUCGGUACCGCCGCGGCCGUCGAGUACCAGGGCCAGUUCACGCUGGUGCUGACGCACAUUCCGCUCCACAAGCCGGAGGGCGUAUGCGUGGACGCGCCCUUUUUCGACUUCCACGGGCCCGAGGAUGGUGGCGGCGUCAAGGAGCAGUAUCUGCUCAGUGCCGACGCCAGCCGCGGGCUUCUCGAGGGAGUCUACGGGGUCAACAAGGACCCCGGGGCGGCUGGCCGGGGGCUCGGCCGCAGCGGACUAGUGCUCAACGGACACGACCACGCGGGCUGCGACACGUACCACUUUGUCAACCAGACCAACGGCACGUCGGCGGAAGAACGCUCGUGGGAGCAUAUCCGGUGGGCCCAUGCAAGAGAGCUUGGCCUGCCCGGGCUGGACAUGGUGCCCGGGCGACGCGAGAUCACGGUGCGCAGCAUGAUGGGCGACUUUGGCGGCAACGCGGGCCUGCUGAGCAUGUGGUUCAACACGACGACGUGGGUGUGGGAGUACGAGUACGUCGACUGCCCGCUGGGCCGGCAGCAUUUCUGGUGGAUGACGCACUUUUUGGAUGCGGGCGUCGUGCUCUUUGCCGUGCUGUGGGCGGUGGUGGCUAGGUUGGAGCGAAAGGGCGUCGACGUCGACGGCGAAUGUCGCAGGGCUCUGGCGCUCGUGCGUGACCAGAUCGAGGAGGGCAUCCGCGAGUUCCGGGAUGCGGUGCGACGGGUUCGCAACGAGCCCACGUCGUCGCCGAGACCAGCGAAAUGGGAGCAGCACCAGGUACGGGCCCAACGAGAGCAACAGCGGGACGAUGGGCCGAGACGGAGCGACCAAAACGGCGUUGCGAAAUGAGCGACUCGAGCACGGCGUGGGGUGUAGAACGGCGGGGACAGGCAGACAGGCAUCAUUACGGACCGGGAGGGGCAUCAGUAGUAAUACCUGGGCGGGACGGCGGCCCCCCCGUUCAGCAUGACGUGUACGAUGAGCAUGGCGUCUUAUAUAGCAUCUUGUAUAUCCCCUAGUGCACGGUUUGCAUAGACGAUGGCGUUUGGCCUGCCAGGCUC